GCAGCUCUACCCCGUCCGCCCUCGCAGAGUCGCGGUCUUGUUGCCGAGUGCUAGCCUUCAGCACUUGGAGCUUUCCGCGGCGCUUCCGCUGCGCCUGCGCGGCCGCACCGUGACCCACGCGCGGGCUCGCGCCCCGGUUCCCUCCCGGUGCGCCGCCCGCAGCGCCCAACCCUCUCCUUCCCAGUCCGGCCCGCAGCCCGCGGCGCCAGCACCAUGCUCUUCUAUUCCUUUUUCAAGUCCCUUGUGGGCAAGGAUGUGGUCGUGGAACUCAAGAAUGACCUGAGCAUCUGUGGAACCCUCCAUUCUGUGGAUCAGUAUCUCAACAUAAAACUAACUGACAUCAGUGUCACAGAUCCUGAGAAAUACCCUCACAUGUUAUCAGUGAAGAACUGCUUCAUCCGGGGCUCAGUGGUCCGCUAUGUGCAGUUGCCGGCAGAUGAGGUGGACACACAGUUGCUACAGGAUGCAGCAAGGAAGGAAGCCCUGCAGCAGAAACAGUGAUGGCUCCUCCUCUUUCCCCUUCUUCUUCCAUUGGUGACCCAUAACUUCAAGACCCAGCCCAGACCCCUCUCCCCCAGUACUUGAGGUGUUUUUUUUUUUUUUCUUUUAAAUAGUGAUUUUUUUCUUUUAAAGGGAUAAGAGGAGUAAUAGUGGGAAACAGCUAUCUUCUGUUGAGAAGGGGAGGAUAAGUAGACUGGGAAACUGCAAAGCCUUCCCAGUCCCUAGCAUCUGCCAUUCUCACUCCUUCCCUGGAGAUUCUGGGAGAGUUUCCGAGUUAUUUCCAGGGCAGCACGUGAUUCAUUUUGGGGAUGGAAGGAAUCUGUCCCGCAUCGGGAAUAAAAUUUAUGAUGCAAA